AAGCUGACAAACGCAACUCAAGACUCCAAAAAGACUAGAAGAGGACUCCUGGGACAAAAAGAUGCUCACUUACAUCUAAAUUACCAUAAAUUGCUAUUUGGGUAGUCAUACGGCUUACACAGGCAGUCACAUCGGAACUGACUCCGGACUGGACUUUUUAGUGGGACAUCUGUGAGCUUUUGGCUGUGGAGGUGACAGGCUGGAUGCCAUGGACCCGUUGCUGCCCGCAGAGACGGAGGUGAUGGAGCGAGAGGCAGAUCAGGACGUGAGGAGGAAGAUCCAGUUCUCCGUGCCUUCCUCAGUGCCCACUCAGCUGGACCCGCGACAGGUGGAGAUGAUUCGACGACGGAGGCCAACACCCGCCACUCUCUUCAGACUGACAGACCCACCGUCACCAGAUGAAGACAGUGGGCCUCACCAGUGGGUUCUGGGAGAAAAUGGAGUCUUAAAAGCCAAACUGGUUAACACACCAACCUACCAGCCACCCUCACUCAAAGCUGUGCAGAGGAUGGCCCAGGCUCACUUCUCCUCCUUAGACAUGAGCUCUGUGGACAAAGAGGAGCCCUCUUCUGGGGAGGAAGAGGAGGAAGGUGAGAAAAAGAGCCAGCAGACAGCUUCAGGUACAGAUCUAAGAAAAGAGAGCAAACCAUUUAGGGAUUUGUCUGCUUCAACGGACAGUUUGACCAGAUGUGCUGAUCAUCCUGGAGCUAAAGAAGUGGUCAAAGAAAGAGACGAAGGAAAGGGAGAAUGACGAAAGAAGAAGGCUCUGGUGGAGACAGAGUGAGAGAAUCUGGUUUGCAUAAGGCACGUAUGGACCAUAUGUGUGUGUGCAUGGGUGUACAUGAGUGUGUGUUAUUUGGGCAUGUGAAUGUGUGCAUGCAUGCGACAAGCAAAUUGAAUGUGGAAAAGAGAGUGUUUGAAAA